CGGCGAGCACGGCGCCAGCACCCCGCGCUCGGCGUCCCGGGAUCGCAGCGCGCACCCACGCACCCCACGCGGACCCGCGGGCGCCCACGCGGCGGAGCCGAGACCCAGCGAUGACUCUGAACAAUGUCACCAUGCGCCAGGGCACUGUGGCCAUGCAGCCGCAGCAGCAGCGCUGGAGCAUCCCAGCGGACGGCAGGCAUCUGAUGGUUCAGAAGGAGCCCCACCAGUACGGCCAGCGCAGCCGUCACUCCGCCGCCCUGGAGGACCACUGCCGCCGGAGCUGGUCUUCCGACUCCACAGACUCCGUCAUCUCCUCCGAGUCGGGGAACACCUACUACCGGGUGGUGCUCAUAGGGGAGCAGGGGGUGGGCAAGUCCACUCUGGCCAACAUCUUUGCAGGUGUGCAUGACAGCAUGGACAGCGACUGCGAGGUGCUGGGAGAAGAUACGUACGAGCGAACACUGAUUGUUGACGGGGAAAGUGCAACAAUUAUACUCCUGGACAUGUGGGAAAACAAGGGAGAGAAUGAAUGGCUCCAAGACCACUGCAUGCAGGUCGGGGACGCCUACUUGAUUGUCUACUCCAUCACGGACCGAGCCAGCUUCGAGAAGGCAUCUGAGCUGCGAAUCCAGCUCCGCCGGGCUCGGCAAACAGAGGACAUCCCUAUAAUUUUGGUUGGCAACAAAAGUGACCUGGUGCGGUGCCGGGAAGUGUCUGUAUCAGAAGGGAGAGCGUGCGCUGUGGUGUUCGACUGCAAGUUCAUUGAGACCUCUGCGGCCGUCCAGCACAACGUGAAGGAGCUGUUUGAGGGCAUCGUGCGGCAGGUGCGCCUUCGGCGGGACAGCAAGGAGAAGAAUGAGCGGCGGCUGGCUUACCAGAAAAGGAGGGAGAGCAUCCCUAGGAAAGCCAGGCGCUUCUGGGGCAAGAUCGUGGCCAAAAACAACAAGAAUAUGGCCUUCAAGCUCAAGUCCAAAUCCUGCCACGACCUCUCUGUGCUCUAGGCACCCAGAGUCACCCAGAUGUCCGCCUGACGGACAUCACUGAACACCAUUGGGACUGAUAAUCUAUAUUAGAUUGGAUCAUCCUUAAGUAUUAUUAUAUAUGGCUUCCCCCAUUGUAGCUGGGAAUUAAUGUGUUAGCCUUAAGGGCAACGUAAUGCAUGGGAAAUGAAAGGUCUUUGUAAAAUCAGUAUUUAUUUACAGGAAAAGCCUGACCUGGCCACUUGAGCACCUAGGACUCCUUAGAGGACGUGGUUGGUGUUCACUUGUGUUCCUCUCUCCUUUGGAUAGUAGAGAAUUGAAGCCUACAAAUGAAUGCUCAGAAUGAGAACUUUUCAUUGUUAAAAUUUCAGCCAGUGUUCUGAUACGUGAAUUUGAGGCCAUUAGGUCAUAAAGAAAUAUAGGAAAGCCUUCAAAGUUUUUAUUCAAAGGAGGGAGAACCUCUCUCUGUACCUUAUCUUCAUGGAGCUAGGAUUAUAGAACCAGGCUCAUCAUAAUCAUGACCAUGAUUGCUCCAUCAAGCUGUGAAAAGAAAUGGUGGACCUUGCUGGAAACUAAAGCUUAGUGAACAGUUUUUGUUCAGUGCCCACAGUUAGGGAUCCAGAAAUUUAUAAAAGUGGGAACUGAUCCAGAUACUACUUACGAGAUCAAAAAUCAUAUCUUUGCUUCUGUGUCUUGUAAUUUUUUGUUUAGAGGAAAAUUAUUUUAAUCAAAUUCUGCUUAGUCAAACCACCUUUUAUCGUUCAUUGUUUUUAAAGUCAUGGGGCCAUCAUGAAAGUAUUUUAAAAAUCUGAAUUAUUGAUACAACCUGGAGUGCAAAUGCCAAAUUUUGAAAUAUGAUCAAAGGUCUGAAUUUUUAUGAAACACAAAACAUAAAUACUUCUAGUACUUUGGGUUGACCCUUGUAUGCCACAGUUCUGCUGUAUUUAUUGUUAUUUUGCAAAAUAAUAACCAUUUUAACAUUUGAUAAAGCAUAUUUAUGAACAUAUUUCUUAAUAGGAAAAAUGUCCAUUUUAUUACCAUUUUCUAUCUUUUUCAGAAUAUGCAAGUUUUUACCUAUAUGUCUUAUAAUAAAAUAAAU